AUGAGCUUCAAAGGGCUCGUCGGUCUAAUGCAGCGAGGUAGGAGAGGUUUUCUCCAGUUGCCUUUAGGUUCAUUGCGGCUGCAACCAUUGUAUCUUCUGUGGUGUCAGAAGUCAACAUCUGUUGCACAGCAGGACUCCAUUGAUUCUUCAUCUGUUCCUGAGAUCUUAAGGGAACCCAGACCAUCAAUAGAUGAUUUGUAUUCCUUUGAGCAGAAGUCUGCUGUUCUACAGCUACUCAAUUUGGCAACUGUGGAAGAACUUUCUGCUGUGAAACUCAUGCGGGGAAGAAAGUCCAUCAACGUAGUAGAACACAGAAAGAAGCAUGGGCCAUUUCAGGAUUUACAGAGUUUACUGGAAGUACCUCUAUUUCAGUAUAAAACAGCCGUUAAAGUGUGUGACUUUAUUCUUAACCCCCUUGCAAAAGAAGAAAGGAAAGAGAGGAAAACGCACAAUGCUUCAUCCAUAAUGAAAUUUAUCAAGCCAGAAAUAGAAAGCAAGAAGUUGAAGAGUGCCAGUGACAUUGUAUCUAUUGUUUUCGGCACACGCAAAAUUGCAUGGGCUCAUGUUAACACACACUUAACUAUUCAUGACUGGCAGCAGCAGGAGUGCACAAUGUUUAUGAAAGGAGCCUAUAUGCCAUCAGUUUAUCUGGAAGAGAUUUCUUCUGUAGUAUCCAGUCUUCCUGAAGCAGAUUUUUAUGUUUUGGAAAAAAGUGGACUUUCUGCUUUGAAUGCAAAUCUGUUUCCAGUGACGUUACAUCUUCGUACAGUGGAAGCUAUGCUCUAUGCAUUGUUACAUAAAACAUUUGCUCAGGAGGGCCAGCACAAAGUACUGAGUAUGGCCCGAGUGUUUGUAGGAAAACACUUUGGGUUGAUGGUGGGAGACUCACGGACGAGUGGAAUUGAUCUUGUAAAACAGCUUCUUUUAGAAUCUGUUACAGUACCUAAGCCUCGUGUGAAUUUUCCAAGAAACAGAGUGGUCAGUUACCAAAACUUGUUGUCUGCAAACAAGCCAAGGCGAGAUGAGGAACUAUGUGAUUCCUUGCUACAAGCAGUAGCUUUUUUUGAGCUUUUAACACUACAUAACACUUAAAUCUUUCUAGAUUUCAUUUACC